AUGGCGGUGGAUCUUCUUCCAUUUGCAUGUGAUGGUUGUUCAGGAAUAUUUUGCCUUGAACAUGGAAGCGGAGAGUCUCACUGUUGUCCUGAAGUGACUAUAAUCAAUGAGAGACUGAAGACAGAUAAACAUAAAUCUUACCCAAGCCCAUUCAAGGACUGUACCGAAAGAGAACUUGUGACAGUUAUAUGUCCCUACUGUGAGAAGAAUUUUUGCCUGAGACACUGUCCUGAGUCAGAUCAUGAGUGUGAAAAACUGGAAAUCUCAAGGGCUGGUAUGGCUGCCACUCAGAAACUUGCCAAAGACAUUAUUGAUUCCAAGGCAGAAGAGACAGUAUACAAAGGACGGAAAGGUGCAAAAAAUGGUGAAACAGGUAAGGUUGCACUGAUGAGAUUACAGAUGUAUGCUGAUGGGGUUAAGUCAUCGCCACAGGGUGCUUUCUUACCUAAGGGGAGAAAAGAGAAGAGCAAACCAAUGCUCUUUUGCCACUGAUGGAACAUCGGAAAGACCAUAGAUUUUGUAGCUUCUCUAGCCAGUCUUAAAAGAAGUAAUAAAUAAAUAGCUAAGGAAUUCAGGUUAUGUCACGUUAUUUCAGGAACAGCCAUGGAUCAGACUUCAGCAGCCUGGAUUACUAAGGAGGAUUGUCCUUUAUAUAAUGGUGGGAAUAUUAUUACCUUGAAAUAUCUCGAUGAUGAAGAACAAUUUUUAAAAAAUGUUGAUUUUUACUUAGAAUAGUCAUUCAAGGAUUCAAGCCAGAAAUCACAAGGAAAAUUCUUUGUACAUGUUUAAGUCAAUUUCUUUUACUACAAAUGCUAUUUUUUUUAUUUUUAAAGGCUGCUUUUUAACUUAUUUCCAUUGUGUCACAUUUUACAUUAUCAGUCUUAUAUUAAUUUCAAGUUUUUGUGUUUUUAAGUUUAA